AAUAAUGCAACUGGCAGUUUCCUCUGGGGCUUCUUCUUCUAUGGGUGGCUUGUGGUGUAAUAGCAAAGUAGCUAUGGCGGCAGGCAAUAGUGUGCGGCAGCAGCUCACUGUUGCCAGGGUUCUGCCUGCAAUUGCAUUCCAAAACUGCAGCCUUGCUGUGGGAGGAAUGGGAGAGAGAGGUGGUGAAUAUGUGGAGAAGAUUGCAGUUACCACAGGACUGGGAUCGUCAGUUGUGCUGCCGAAACUGCAGCUCGAGGUGCGAGCGCUGUCAGGUUCAUCCUCGCUGUUGGGUGGUGGUUGGGGGCUCUUUGACGUGUCAGAUCCCGAUGUUGUUGUGGAUAAGGAUAUGGCUAAUCAUGAUAAAUUGCAUGGGUAUACAAGGGGGGUCGGCAGGGGGUCCCAUCCUUACCCCCUCAGCUUGCAGAGUCAGCAGCAUCCGCAAGGGCUUUGGGGAUGCAGGGGGACAUGGGUUACCAUUGCUUGGGCUGCAACUGCAUCAAACAAAGACGGUGCCUUGGGCUCCGGCGGGCUAGGGCAACCGGUGGUGGAGGAGGCGGAGGAGGAGGAGGAGGAGGAGAAGGAGAAGGAGGUGGUACCUCCCCUCUCAACAAGUGCAGCAUCUGGUAAAGUAGAUAAGAGUGUAAUGCGGUCAUUGAAGGGCACGGGGGUGCCUAGUUUCUAUCAAACUUUGUCGUCGUUGGGGCUGGGACCUCUGAAGAGGAGGAACGUUGGCACGCUGCAACUCAACAUUGGUUUGUAUUGCAAUCAAGCAUGCGCUCACUGCCACGUGGAAAGCUCUCCUCUGCGCACUGAGAUGAUGGAUGAGAGGACGGCAGAGCAUAUCGUUAAUCUCCUAGAGAGGAGCAAAGAGAUCGCCGUUGUAGAUCUGACUGGCGGUGCUCCGGAGUUGAACCCUGCGUUCAGAUACCAUGUGAAAGAGGCCCGGCGACUUGGGAAAGAAGUGAUCGAUCGGUGUAAUCUGACGGUUCUCUUCGUGGAAGGCCAAGAACACCUAGCCGAUUUCCUGGCGGAGAAUCAGCUUCGCGUCGUUGCCUCCCUCCCUUGCUACACCGCGGAGAACGUCUCCAAGCAACGAGGCGGAGGGGUGUUUGAGAAGAGUAUCGCAGCCCUCCAGACUCUCAAUUCUCUGGGUUAUGGCAAAGAAGGCUCCCCUCUGCAGCUUGAUCUGGUAUACAACCCCUUGGGGGCUUUCCUUCCUGCAGCACAGGACGCCUUGCAGGAUGCCUACAAGACGGAACUGUUCGAGGCGUACGGCAUAACCUUUAAUCACCUGUUCACUGUCACCAACAUGCCAAUCAAAAGGUUCGCCGACUAUCUCUAUCGCAAAGGGGAGAUGGAAUCCUACAUGAACCUGCUGCUCAGCAGCUUUAACCCAGCGGCGGUAGAAGGCGUCAUGUGUAGGGAUAUGGUCAGCGUCGGAUGGGAUGGGGCUUUGUUUGACUGUGAUUUCAACCAGCAAUUGGGCUUGGGAGUGGGAGAGCAAUCCGUGCCAUCGACCGUGUUCGAUCUGCGGUCGUUCGAUCAGCUGAUCGGUCGGCCAAUCGCCGUAGACGAUCACUGUUAUGGCUGCACGGCGGGCCAUGGCUCGAGUUGCACUGGAGCUUUGACCACAUGAUUGAAGUAGUAGUACUGCACACUGGUAGAAAAAGAAAAAAAAAAUGUUAUUCCUAAGUCGUGCUCCCACUUAA